CGGCCCGCACACCGCUUCAUCACUACACAUACUGCCGACGGAAAAGCUGCUUUCUUUGAUGGCCUGCCGGAAGAGAUUACCUUGAAGCGACUGGGAGUUGCUGGCUUCCACGUUCAUUACGCCACCACCGAAACCCCAGUUGUAUUCAGCGACAACAAAGACCUUGAAGCUUUCAUUCGACCGGCUAAUCCCGAAACAAUUGCCAACAAAGAUGGCAGCGUGGUUCGCAUGGUGGACAUGGAGCCUGGUGCAACUUCACCAAUGCAUCGAACCAACUCGCUAGACUACGGUGUGGUACUCGAGGGUGAGAUCGAUCUUAUCCUCGAGGAACUUGAACAUGGUCCCCGGCGGCGAAUGCGACCCGGUGAUGUGAGUGUGCAGCGCGCCACCAUGCACGCAUGGCACAAUCCCAGCAAAGACAAGUGGGCACGGAUGUUGUAUGUACUGGUAGAGGCGAAACCAUUCGAGGUGGGCGGCAAGGCACUCGGCGAAGAUCAUGGC